UCACAUGAUUUUUUCAUAGUGCUCUUAUAAAACACUGCGUUCCUUCGUUGUUUUGUGACUCCCGAGUCAACACAUCGAAGACAACAAGCGUUUUAUUUACUCAGAACGAUGAAUUCCUUAAUGACCGUUGUGGUUUUGGGCGCGUGCAUGAUGGCUGUAUGCCUGGCAAUGCCUCAAGGAUCUAAAGAUGGAGCUAUUUUCACUAACGAAGCCAUCAGACAAGCACAAAGUACACAUCUUAUACCGCAAAAUGCUCAGAUUCAGAAGGUUCAAGAAGGCGUAGAGUUGGUCGCAUACGAGUCGAUACCUGGCUCACAGGCCAUCAACCUGUUCGAGAUCCUCGGCGACCACGUGCCUCCAGAGGUUGUUAGCAAUCUGCAAACCCAAGUCGAUCAAGUUGGAAAACAGUGAAAACACGAUUAUAUAAUUUAAUUUGGUCUAUGCGUAAUAUUAUUUAGUUUGCCUUCCUAAAAUAAGUCUGAGUCACUGGAAUCAACCGCAGUCCGAAUAAUACUGUUUUUACAUUUUUUAAUAUUUUUCAACAUUGAAAUCAUGCACGCAUUAUGUAUUUACAUGAUACGAUUCUUAUGCAACAUUGUUAUCGAUUAGUUUUUUAACAGAGAAAGUGUUUAUUUUUCGACGGAAGUGCUUUCACCCACUGUUUUAUUAUUAUUAAUAUAAUAUUUUUUUUUUUUUUUGACAAAUACUUAUACAUAUAAUAUACAUUACCUACAUUUACUUUCUAUGUAUGAACAAUCAUUAUUUAAUGUCAGUACCUAUAUGCCCUUAAGAUAUAACAAACAAUAAACAUGAUCUGGUUUAAUCAAUUUAUGUACUAUGUAGAUAUAACUUAACACACUAUACGAAUAUGUUUAUUAACUAUUAAACUGUGUUCAUAUAUAUUACCACAAAAUAUUUCAAUUAAAAGAAUAAAUGUGUAUAAUUUAUUUUAAUAA